CUUGCUUUUCUACUAUUUCUUAAUCCUGCCCCCAAUGGUACUGUAUUUUAAAGAAACUUCUAGGGGAUUCUAGCAUAUUUCUGAAUCUCAUAAUUGGUCCCAUGAGAUCUUAUGGAUUUUUUUUCUUUACUCGAUUUUUGAAAUGGGCUUUUUAAUAGAAAAGUGAAAAAGGUAUUCUCUAGCCCUGUGAUCUUCCUAGAAAAAUCCAGGAAUUUUUUUUUUAAACACCCCUUAGUGCCAGUCUAUUACCUUCUUUUCAAAUUGAAGAAAGAAACAAACACCAGACAAUUUUUGAAGACUAAAUGCAAAAUGGAAGACCCAAAAUCUGUUAGAGAGAAUUCCAUUUUUUCCAGAUUGACCAGAGAAUGUCACUGAAUAUGAAAGAUUAAUCAACCCAUAUUGAUUUCUAGAAGAUAAGGCAAGGUUUGGGGCUUUAGCACAUCCCACCAUAUAAUCCAGAGUCUGCUCUACCUCUCUCCUUUUGCAUUGUCUUUCCAUAUCACUUCAAGGAACAGUGAGUAGACGUAAAAUUCCACGGAUAAUCCAAAAACACCUGUUCAAGUUGGCAUCUAUCAACAGAUUACUUGAAUCUCGAAUAGAGGAACAGAAAUGCCACCACCAGUAGGCGCCCCCCUAUACCCACCUCCUGAUGGAGGCUGGGGCUGGGUAGUGGUUGGAGCAUCUUUUAUCUCCAUUGGAUUUUCAUACGCAUUCCCCAAAGCUGUCACAGUGUUCUUCAAAGAAAUUCAGCAAAUAUUCAACACUACCUACAGUGAAAUAGCAUGGAUAUCAUCCAUUAUGCUGGCUGUUAUGUAUGCAGGAGGUCCCAUAAGUAGUGUUCUGGUGAAUAAAUAUGGUAGCCGACCAGUGGUGAUGGUAGGAGGUUUAUUAUGCUGUUUGGGAAUGGUCACAGCCUCUUUUAGUACCAACGUAAUAGAGCUUUACCUCACGAUGGGAUUCAUUUGUGGUUUAGGUCUAGCCUUCAACCUGCAACCAGCCCUAACGAUCAUUGGCAAAUACUUCUAUAAGAAACGACCCAUGGCUAAUGGCCUUGCCAUGGCGGGAAGUCCUGUUUUCUUAAGCACAUUGGCUCCUUUCAAUCAGUACCUUUUUAAUACUUUCGGCUGGAAAGGAAGCUUCUUGAUUUUGGGAGGUAUCCUGCUGAAUGCCUGUGUGGCUGGGUCCCUCAUGAGACCUGUUGAACCCAAACAAGUUACCAAUACGUCUAAAAAUAAGAUUGGCAUAAGAGUGGAUGAUUCAGGUGUGAAGAAAAGCCAUAAGAAGAAAUCAGCAUGGGAGAAAGUCAAUACGUAUUUAGAUUUCUCCCUUUUUAAGCAUAGGGGAUUUCUGAUAUAUUUAUCUGGAAAUGUCAUUAUGUUUCUAGGGUUUUUUGCCCCCAUUAUAUUCUUGGCUCCAUAUGCUAAGGACAAAGGAAUUGAUGAAUAUUCUGCAGCUUUCUUGCUGUCUAUUAUGGCUUUUGUUGAUAUGUUUGCUAGACCUGCUGGAGGACUCAUUGCAAACUCCAAACUUAUCCGCCCCCGAAUCCAGUACUUCUUCAGUUUUGCAGUCAUGUUCAAUGGAGUGUGCCAUCUCUUGUGCCCACUGGCAGAGGACUACACAAGCCUGGUGUUAUAUGCUAUAUUUUUUGGUCUUGGAUUUGGGAGUGUUAGCAGUGUCCUCUUUGAAACUCUCAUGGACCUGGUUGGCCCUCAAAGGUUUUCCAGCGCUGUAGGACUUGUCACAGUGGUGGAGUGUUGCCCCGUUCUUCUUGGUCCUCCUCUUGCUGGGAAAUUGGUGGAUCAAACUGGACAGUAUAAAUACAUGUAUAUAGCCUGUGGGGCUAUUGUGUUCCUAUCAAGUGUGUGGCUGCUGAUCGGCAACGCUAUAAACUACAGAUUGCUUGCAAAGGAAAAGGAGGAGGAAGAAAGGAAGAAGAAACUUCAUACACCUGAGUCCAGAGAGUCUGAACCCUUGAACAAAUCUAACCAUCAUGAUGUUAACAUCAAAAGUACAAGAACAGAGAAUAAUUCCUCAGAAAGAGAAACUAAUAUUUAACAAGAAUCACAUCUCUGAUUUCAGUGUUUAUGACUUUCUUAGGAGUAUGUUUUUUUCAAAAUAUUGGGGAAGUUUUUACUUGAAAUGAGGAGGCAUAACGAAGGAUGGAGAUGAGAUUUUCCUCAAUGGCAAAUUUUUAUAAGUUUGUUUUUUAACACUUGUUUGGAUAGUCCAGUUUUGAGAUUAUGCCUAUAAAGAAUCCAUGCAAUGGGUUUAUUUCCAUACAUGACUCUGGUUGUCAUGGUUAAAAUAAUUUUAAAGUCUUCCAGUGACUUCCAGUCUUGGUUAUAGAGAUCUGAAUCCCAAACCACUGGUUUAAGUAGUUAGAAGGCGUUAUGUUUAAUCCUAUAAGAAUACCCUGUCCAAAUAUCAUUUUUUAGUGUUAAGUAGAAUUGAAGGAAAAUGAAUUUUCUUGGUGUGCACAUGCACACACACACACACCUAUAUGUACACAUGUGCACAGAGUCCCAGUGAACAAAAGACAAGUAAGUUCAAAAAGAAUAUCACUUUUUUUAACUUUAAAAAUAAAUCCAUAGAGAAUGAAGAAAUGUGUUAUAUCUGCAUACUACUUUACAAUGUGAAUUUUAAAGAUAAGAACAUGGGUGAAAAUGAGAAUGAUCUUAAUUUAAAAAUGCAACUAACUGCGUAAAAAAAAUGCAUGUAUAAAAUAAAUUUGAAAAAAAAAAAACCCUCCAUUUUAAACCAUUA